GUCGGGUCGGUGGGGCCGUGCCGUGCCGUGCCGUGCCGUGCCGUGCCGUGCCGUGCCGUGCCGUGCCGUGCCGUGCCGGGGAGGCGAUGCCGUCCUACACGGUCACCGUGGCCACGGGCAGCCAGUGGUUCGCGGGCACCGACGACUACGUGUACCUGAGCCUGGAGGGGGCGGCGGGCUGCAGCGAGAGGCACCUCCUGGACAAGCCCUUCUACAACGACUUCGAGCGCGGCGCGGUUGACUCCUAUGAUGUGAAUGUGGAAGAAGACCUUGGAGAAAUUCAGCUAAUAAAAAUUGAGAAACGAAAAUAUUGGUACCAGGAUGACUGGUACCUUAAGUAUAUCACUGUAAAAACACCACUUGGUGACUAUCUGGAGUUCCCAUGUUACCGAUGGAUUACAGAUGAAAAAGAGAUUGUCCUCCGGGAUGGAAGAGCAAAGCUGCCCCGGGAUGACAAGACCCAGAUUCUCAAGCAACACAGACGCAAAGAACUUGAGGACCGGCAAAAAAUGUAUCGCUGGAAGGAGUGGCAUCCUGGCUUUCCGCUGAGCAUCGAUGCCCAUUCUCACAGCGAACUGCCCCGUGACAUCCAGUUUGACAAUGAGAAAGGAAUUGACUUCAUUCUGAACUACUCUAAAGCGAUGGAGAAUCUUUAUAUCAACCGCUUUAUGCACAUGUUCCAGUCCUCCUGGAGUGAUUUUGCAGAUUUUGAGAAGAUCUUUGUCAGAAUCAGCAACACAAUCUCUGAAUAUGUGAUGCAGCACUGGAAGGAAGACUUUAUGUUUGGGUACCAAUUCCUGAAUGGGUGCAAUCCUGUACUGAUCCGGAGAUGCACAGAGAUACCCAAGAAGUUUCCAGUGACAACGGCUAUGGUGGAGUGCAGUCUGGAGAGGAACCUGACCCUGGAGGAGGAAGUGAAGCAAGGAAACAUUUUCAUUGUGGACUAUGAGCUACUGGAUGGUGUGGAUGCCAAUAAGACAGAUCCAUGCACAAUACAGUACUUGGCUGCACCGAUCUGUCUACUGUAUAAGAAUCUGGAGAAUAAAAUUUUGCCCAUUGCAAUCCAGCUUGGUCAAAAGCCUGGGCCAGAAAAUCCCAUAUUCCUUCCAUCAGAUGCCAUGUAUGACUGGCUGCUAGCCAAAAUUUGGGUUCGCUCAUCUGAUUUCCACAUCCACCAGACGGUGACCCAUCUCUUACGGACACACUUAGUUUCAGAGGUGUUCAGCAUAGCUAUGUUUCGGCAACUACCCGCUGUACAUCCCCUAUUUAAGCUCUUGGUGCCCCACAUGCGGUUCACAAUAGCCAUCAAUACGAAAGCCCGAGAACAGCUUAUCUGCGAAUGUGGCCUCUUUGACAAGGCAAAUGCUACAGGUGGAGGAGGACAUGUACAAAUGGUGCAGAAAGCAAUGAAAGAUCUGACCUACAGCUCCCUCUGCUUCCCUGAGGAAAUUAAAGCUAAAGGGAUGGACAGCCAAGAGGAUAUCCCCUAUUACUAUUACCGGGAUGAUGGCAUUAAAGUUUGGGAGGCUAUAAAGAGUUUUGCAGAGGAUGUGAUUCACAUCUACUACGAGAGCGAUGAGGUGGUGUCCGAGGACGUGGAACUCCAGGCUUUUGUCAAAGACAUUUACGUCUACGGGAUGAGGGGCGUGAAGGCCUCAGGGUUUCCUAAAAUGAUCAAGACACGAGAGAAGCUGGCAGAGUAUCUGACAGUGGUGAUAUUUACCACAUCGGCCCAGCAUGCAGCUGUGAAUUUUGGUCAGUAUGACUGGUGUUCCUGGAUUCCCAAUGCCCCGCCAACGAUGCGCUGCCCUCCUCCGACAGAAAAGGGGACAGUCACCAUCGAGCAGAUUGUGGAGAGUUUGCCAGAUAGGGGCCGUUCUUGUUGGCAUCUUGGAGCUGUCUGGGCCUUGAGCCAAUUCCAAGACAACGAACUAUUUCUAGGCAUGUACCCAGAUGAGCACUUUGUCGAGAAGCCAGUGAAAGAAGCUAUGGCAAAAUUCCGCAAGAAUCUUGAUGAGAUCGUCAGUACCAUCACCGAGCGAAACAAGAACAAAAAGCUUCCUUACUACUACCUUUCCCCAGAUCGGAUUCCCAACAGUGUGGCUGUUUGAGCAGAUUAUCCAUGAGUGUUCAGAGGAGUGUAAAGCUAACAAGUGCUUUUCUAUUAAGUAUGCUUCUUAUCAAUGACCUUUCAGGAACAGGUAAAAUAAGAACCCUCCCCUUUCCAUCAAAGCUGACCCAUAGUUUAGUUUGACUUGAACAAACUAAAACAAACAUGAUUAUAACUAAUCUUACAGAUAAAUUCUAGCUGGCAACCUUCCAGGUCAAAUUUGUUCUAGAAAUCUUGGAAAAAUAAGCUCGUAUUAAUCUUAGAAUCAAUAUACGUGUUUCUGUCAGCUUUCCCUCUCCUGGUCAAAACAAUAAAAUCCCAGAAAGUAUGAGUCAAGCUGAGUACUGCCAUAUUGUGUGUGAGAGCUGGACAAUGACAGUAACAUGGAAUUGAAUGGAGAUAGAUAUUUUUAUAUUCACAUUUCACCCAUCUUCGUCAGUGAAAAUAAAUAGUAUUGGAAGCAAUAAGCAAGUCACAUUUUUUAAUUCCUUCCUGUUUUAAGGACACUUGGCAACACUGAUGGCAUAUGAAACCAAAGUCUUUAAAGUUUAUAUAUGGUUUUUAAUCCAGUUAAAACAAAUGUUAAAUGUUUUCACUACAACUUGGCAUGUCAUGGUUAGGAUGGAGGUAGAAGCAGGAUGCUUUCAUGACAUAGCUGAGGGGUUUUUUUAACCACUUUCUUACUGAUUUCAUGUGACAUGAGAUAGCCUGAUUCAUACAAAUCAAACUUUUGCACCUACAUAAAUUUACAUAUUUUUUCUACAAAACUUAUAAAGUUUGCUUCAGUCUCUGUCAGCAGAGUUUGCUGUCAUUCAUAUGUAUGGGCAAAUGUUUUGCUUAGCAUAACAGCGACAAAAGCAGGUCCAGCAGUGCUUAUGUAGGAUUUCUGUUUCGUUGCUGAGGCUGAUGUUUCUGUGGAUAGUUUAUUCUGCUUUGUGGGGGAAGUAGGGGUUAGUUUGCAUAGGGAUAAAAACUGUGGAGAAGGAUUAAUUGACAGCUUCUAAGAGGAAUCUUUGGAUUUGGCCAAAUAAUCACAGUCCGUUUCACCUUUGCUAGAAACAACCGAGUUUUACCUGUGUUUUCUUUAGACCUGGUUAGGUUCAGAAACUAGGGCUAUGGUUAAAGUUGGGGAGGAACACAGACAUAGUGAAAGUGAAAAUGAGACUUUGGAAAUUUGAAGAGUAAUAGUUUUGUUAAUAACACUUUUCAUUUAUUUUUCCCAAAAAUGUGUUCCUUGUACCAGCUUCUUCAGUGUUUUCUCAAUACAUAAGAAAGCUCCCUGUGCUAAUAAAAUAAAACUAAACAAUAAAAUCUA